AUUCCUCUGCUAUUCUCUGUUCUAAAUUUCAAGCUGUUCUACAUUUCAAGAGACUAUGGCUCUUCGUUCUGUGCUUGGAAAGAUGGCGAAUACUAUGACUAGUAGUAAAUGUAUUCACAAAAAUGGACGUCUAGUUUUGAGGAUUGGGAGAUUUGAAGCUAUCAACCACAACCCCAAUCACAGUAACAAAAAUAAGGAUGCGCCUUCGAUGGAUGAUCGUCUUACUUCUUAUCUGUUUGAAAUGGGGUGUUAUGAUGAAAAUGGGGUUCGAAUUCCAAUGACUGUUAAUAGGGGGAUUGAUUAUCAUAUGGAUUUAGGGGGAAUAGGACCUGCCCGUUUUUCUGUGGAAGAGUUCAACAAGCGAAAGAAAACCCAACUGCAACUUGUGAGAGUGCAGAGAACCUGGAUGAAGCCGCUGUAUCAUCAUAGAUGUAUGUAUGAACUAAUAUUGGAUGCAGUUGAUGCCGCUGGUGUGGUGAACUUUUACCUAGCAUAUGUUGAGAUAGAUGAUAUAAAUGAGGGCAUGUGGUUGGAAGAAUUCAAUAUUUUCCGUGAUAAUGGAUACCCUGCAAGACUAUAUCAUCACCUAGACAACUUCUUUGUUGAAUGAUGCUCGAUUCAGAGGGGUGUAAUCAUUUGAUAUGCAGUGCAACUAUAACAGAGGUGUGAGGUGAAGGAGCUGCAAUACUGUCAGUCAUAGGGUUUCCUUGGCGGUUCAGGAUACCAUUUUGGAGAUCAACCCUUCGAUUAAUAGGAAAAUUUUAGUAACUUUGAUCUUAGAAACAUAGAAGAGAACAGAGCAUUUCGUUUUGUUGUGUUUAAGUUACAUGCAUGACAAUAUUUUUGUUUGGCAAUGCGUAAACCCAUGUAAGGCUUCUACUAGCACGAGAAGAAAUGUUGAACGCUA